UUCGGGACAUACUAUAUCUGCCCGGCCGACGAGACUUUACUCGUUGCAGGCAACCCUCCCAUUUUCCUCUCUCGCCGGCCGGAAAUGGAUUCCCGGCGACUGUCCCUCGCGUCGAUCUUCUUCCUCUACCUCAUCCUGUCCUCUCAGUCAGCCCAACUGAAUUCCCACAGGAUCGAUGGGCCGAUCAAAACCCUAGUGGUCCUAGUCAUGGAGAACCGCUCCUUCGACCACGUGCUGGGGUGGCUCAAGACGAUCAGGCCGGACAUCGACGGGGUCACCGGAUCGGAGUUCAACCGGAUAAACGUCUCGGACCCGAGCUCCCCAUCCGUUUUCGUCACCGAUGACGCCGCCUUUGUUGACUGGGACCCCGGCCACUCGUUUCAGGCCAUACGCGAGCAGAUAUUCGGGUCGAACCGGAGCAACGCGGACCCAGCGCCCAUGAACGGGUUCGCCCAGCAGGCGGAGAGCAUGGGCGAAGGGAUGUCGAAGACCGUGAUGAGCGGGUUCAAACCAGGGGUUUUACCGGUCUACACCGAGCUAGCCAACCAGUUCGCGGUGUUCGACCGGUGGUUCGCUUCUGUGCCGGCGUCGACCCAGCCGAACCGGUUCUACGUCCACUCCGCCACCUCCCACGGCGCCACCAGCAAUGUGCGGAAGGACCUCAUCCAUGGAUUCCCCCAGAGGACCAUAUUUGACUCUCUAGACGAAAACGGCCUCAGCUUCGGCAUUUAUUACCAAAAUAUCCCUGCUACCCUCUUCUUCGAGAGCCUGAGGAAGCUCAAGCACGUGACGAACUUCCACAGCUACAGCUUGAAGUUCAAGCUCCACGCGAAGCUGGGGAAGCUGCCGAACUACGUCGUCGUCGAGCAGCGCUAUUUUGAUGUGAACCUGUUCCCCGCGAAUGACGACCACCCAUCGCAUGAUGUGGCGGUCGGCCAGAGGUUCGUCAAGGAGGUGUACGAUACCCUCAGGGCGAGCCCGCAGUGGAAGGAGAUGGCCCUGCUGAUAACGUACGAUGAACACGGGGGCUUCUUCGAUCAUGUUCCGACUCCCGUGAAACACGUACCUAACCCUGAUGGGAUCAUCGGACCUGACCCUUUUUACUUCCAUUUCGACCGGUUGGGCGUCCGGGUCCCAACCCUUUUGAUAUCUCCGUGGAUUGAUAAGGGCACAGUGAUACACGAGCCAGCAGGGCCAACUCCAUACUCUCAGUUUGAGCACUCAUCAAUCCCUGCAACUGUGAAGAGGCUUUUCAAUCUCAAGUCUAACUUCUUGACAAAGAGGGAUGCUUGGGCUGGCACUUUCGAGAGCUACUUCUACAUCCGGGACACUCCUCGUGAUGACUGCCCAGAAAUCCUUCCCGAGGUCACCCUAUCUCUGAGGCCAUGGGGCCCCAAGGAAGAUACUAGGCUCUCUGAAUUCCAAGUAGAACUGAUCCAACUCGCCUCUCAGCUCAAUGGCGAUUAUGUUCUCAGUACUUACCCUUACUUGGGCAAGACCAUGACCGUUGGUGAAGCCAAUCGUUAUGCAGAGGAUGCUGUUAGGAGAUUCCUUGAGGCUGGGAGGGUGGCGAUUAGGGCUGGAGCUAACGAGUCCGCCAUUGUCAAGAUGAGACCUUCCCUCACUAGCCGAACCGAGGGAGGAGACCAGAAUUUAUACCGAGAAAGCCGCUGAUGAAUUACUCGCAGUUACUUCCAUUGUAAAUGCAAAAUUAAGUUAGUGUUACUAAUGUCUGUAGAUAAUAUGUAUGUUGCAAGUAUAGUCAUACCCGACUCGGGAAAUUCCGUAGAAGAUGGUUACAUUCAACUAUUAUGUAUUGAAAAUUCCGCUAAUCAAAUGCUUGUAUGAUUAGCGUCACUCUUACCAAUGUUAAGCAAUAUGCACACCAAAUUAGACAGUAGUUGAUGUCA